AUGGUAUGGAAAGUAACCAAGGAAAGCUUUCAGAAACUAGCUGAGAAUAUUCUUAAAUUUAGUAGUAAAGACUCACAUUCAAGAUACCAGAGCCAAUACUAUAAAAAUAAGGUAUAUUCUAAGCAGAAAAGUGAGAAGGGCAGCUGGGCUUUUCCAGAUGUAGCAGCACCAGAAAGCUAG